UUAAGAGUAUGGGAUUUGUUAAACUACUAUGUUCUGUACUCAUCCUGGAUUAAACACAGUGUGUACAAUGGCAGCUGCGAUAAAGGGGAAUUUAGAGUAAAUACGUUUGUUUUUGUUUUUUUGUUUUUGGUUAUUUCUGUGCGCAGGAAGUGCGCAGCUAGUUGCUGUCUUGAUUUCGAGCUGAUAUCUUUGGUCGGCUGUACGGUUGAAUAACAGCAAAACGAAGGUAGACAGGUAGAAGGUAAACAGAUGUAAAGCACAGUUUUAGCUUCAUAGAAAACCCAUAUCGUAGUUAUGGCAUUGCAGUUGUUUAGCUAAUAUACUGCAGUCAGUGAUAACAGACACGAUGUUAGCAAUGUUGUUGCAGCACCACCGUGCUGACCUUUGUAAGAAAUACAGUAGAGGUUUGUUGUGGACAUCGUCAAGGAGAAACUCUCUUAUAGUUGCAAAUACGCCCCAAACAAGUGAUCGUGUUAAAAAUGCGCUAAUGUCCAGAUUCCCUAAUGUCCGAACGAUCCGCUUAUCAACAUCAGAGCGGACACUGUCAAGGCAGCCACAGAAACUCAUCCAGAGUCUCCUCCACAGACCCUUGAGUCCUGGCAUGAUGAGAAUUAGCAAAGAACUAAUCAAAAGCAACCUGCUGAGAAACCCUGUUGGUUUGGUAACUCUAUUGGGGGGAACAAAUUUCUUUAGUACAUCUCAAUCUAAACAAGAGAAAAAUAAAAGUGAUGGACCAAAGGGGAAAACUCCAAAGGAAGAUGAAGAGGAGAAAAAACGCCGUGAACAGGAGGAUCAGAUGUACCGGGUGCGCCUGCGAGCCCUCUUCAUCUUAGCAUUCCUCAUGAGCCUAAUGAACCUCUUUAAUACCAGUGGUGGCAACAUCUCCUGGAAUGACUUUGUCAAUGAAGUGUUGGCCAAGGGAGAGGUGUCACGUGUGCAAGUCGUCCCUGAGAGUGACAUUGUAGAAAUCUACCUUCAUCCUGGAGCAAUUGUCUUUGGAAGACCUAAGCCGGUGCUCAUGUACAGAAUGCAGGUUGCUAACAUUGACAAAUUUGAGGAGAAGCUGAGGGCUGCUGAGGAGGAGCUCAAUGUUGACACUAAGGACAGGAUACCGGUGUCCUACAAACGCACUGGAUUCUUUGGGAAUGUUGUCUAUGCCCUGGGGAUGGCUGCUAUCGGUGUGGUUAUACUCUGGUAUAUGUUUCGACUAGCAGGCAUGAGUGGUAGAGAAGGCGGCUUCAGCGCUUUUAAUCAGCUGAAGAUGGCCAAGUUCACCAUUGUGGAUGGCAAGUCGGGUAAAGGUGUGAGUUUCAAAGAUGUAGCUGGCAUGCAUGAGGCUAAGAUGGAAGUAAAGGAAUUUGUUGACUACCUCAAGAAUCCAGAACGAUACAUCCAGCUGGGAGCCAAAGUUCCCAAGGGUGCAUUGCUGCUCGGUCCUCCAGGAUGUGGGAAGACCCUGCUGGCUAAAGCUGUAGCCACUGAGGCCCAGGUGCCUUUCUUGGCUAUGGCUGGUUCUGAGUUUGUGGAGGUCAUUGGAGGCCUGGGUGCUGCUAGGGUCAGGAGUCUGUUCAAGGAGGCUCGUGCCCGAGCGCCCUGCAUUGUCUACAUUGAUGAGAUUGAUGCUGUGGGGAAGAGGCGCUCCACCAACAUGUCUGGUUUCUCUAACACUGAAGAGGAGCAGACGCUCAACCAACUACUGGUAGAAAUGGAUGGGAUGGGAACGACAGACCAUGUCAUUGUCCUUGCUUCCACUAACAGAGGAGAUAUCUUGGACAAUGCUCUCAUGAGACCAGGCAGACUGGACAGGCACAUCUUCUUAGAUCUGCCCACGCUGCAGGAGAGGCAGGAGAUCUAUGAGCAGCAUCUGAAGAUCUUAAAGCUGACACAGCCUGCUAAUUUCUACUCUCAGCGUCUGGCUGAGCUCACCCCAGGAUUCAGUGGUGCAGACAUUGCUAACAUUUGUAAUGAAGCUGCUCUGCAUGCUGCCAGAGAGGGGCACAAGUCCAUCCACACCUUUAACUUUGAGUAUGCAGUGGAGAGAGUAAUAGCAGGAAGUGUAAAGAAAAGUAAGAUCCUGUCCAAAGAGGAACAGAGGGUGGUUGCCUUCCAUGAGUCAGGACAUGCUUUAGUGGGAUGGUUACUUGAGCACACAGAGGCAGUCAUGAAGGUGUCAAUUGCCCCACGGACGAAUGCAGCAUUGGGAUUUUCCCAGAUUUUACCACGUGACCAGUACCUGUUCACCAAGGAGCAGCUGUUUGAGCGGAUGUGUAUGGCUCUGGGAGGAAGGACUGCUGAGGCAGUCACCUUUAACAGAGUUACCACAGGAGCUCAGGAUGACUUACGUAAGGUGACACGUGUGGCCUACUCUAUGAUAAAGCAGUAUGGCAUGUGUGACAGUGUCGGCCAGGUCUCAUUUCCAGCCACAGAGGAGGAAGGUGCCAUUGGCCGUCGUCCUUUCAGCCAGGGCUUGCAGCAGCAGAUGGACCACGAGGCUAAGAUGUUGAUAGCCCGGGCUUAUAGACACACAGAGAAGCUGCUACUGGACAACAGAGACAAGCUGACACUGCUGGCCAAUGCACUGUUAGAGCGCGAGGUAGUGAACUAUGAUGACAUUGAAGCCUUGCUGGGCCCACCGCCCCAUGGACCUAAGAAGAUGAUCGCUCCACAGAGCUGGAUGGAGGCCGUAAGAGACAAAGAAGAUACAGGAAUAGACGACCCUCAAACGCCACCACCACGGAAACAGAGAGAAGAGGGCAUGAAUCCACAGCUGGCCUAAUCUGAACAUGCAUGUCUCAAAAUUCUUCUCCAACUGCUGUGUUUUGUGUGUGUGUGUGGGUGGGGGGACACAGGGACACAUGACAUAUUAUAUCAAGGAAGCACUAAAUGAUUAAUGCAGCAAAGGAACUGCUGGCAAUUUGUCAACCAAGUCUUUGUGUACUACUAAAAGUCGACUUUAGUGAUUUUCUAUCUUGGCAGAGCAAAUAUAUUUACACUCACAUAAUAGUGUGUAUUUGAGUACAUUUUUUUGAAACAUAAACAGUAACAAAUUAAAUUGGUCCCCAUCAGUGAGGAAACAAGGUUGAGGUAGUGUUUUUUUCUUUUGAAAAAGAAGUUGUAUUAUGGGUUAUGUAUUGCUUUGAUUGCCACAAGCUGAUAUGAAGUCCCAAAGUAUAUUCUUGCUAAAUAAAGUUUUAUUUAAAUAUUGUGUUACUAUUUAUGUAGUAUUUGUGGUCAGAGAUAUAUAGGCUCAUGUGUGGAUUAUGAGUAAAUGUACUGCAGCCUAUGAAGAUGAAUAAUACGGGUACUAAAUAAAGACAUUUAUUCUGUA